GUGAACUCGUAGUUAUUUCUCCUGCCUCAAUCUCCAGAAUGAACCACCGCACGAGGCUUCACUUGCCGAUUUUAUUAUACUUCACUAUCUGGCUCCUUUCUCUUUCCUGAAGAGUAAGCCUGUGCGGUCCUGAUCAUUGUCUCUGGAUUCCAGAGUGCCCACACUUUCAUGACUCUGCUCCCAGCAUUUGUGGAUUUAUAGUGUAUAUAGCUCCAGUCUCAGUCCUUGAUUCCAUUCCAUGGAAAUAACAAGUAUGCUGUACACUCUCCUGAUUGUCUUGCUGCCCUCACACUUGCUUUGUGUAGCUGAAGAUGACUGAACUUCUGAUCCCCACCUCCACCUCCAGAGUGAUGGUGGUGUCCCAGCCUUACAUCACCACACCUGGAGGCUAAUUUGGUGCUGGAGAUCGAGCCCAGCAUGCCAUGCGCCAUAGACAGGCAAAAGUUCUACCACAUCCCAGCUCAUUUUGCCUUUGUAAAAACUGUUCUUUCUGAACACUGAAGAUUAAAGGUUAAGGAACAAACCCCACGGAUUUAUGAAGAAACGGCAACUCGCAGAGAGGACAAGCCGAGACCUGUUGUGUUCAUACACUGUAGGGAGCUUAAAGGAAACAGCAGGACUGUAGAGUACCGGACAGAAUGGCAGUCAAGGCUCCCUGGUUCGGAUUCUUGCUUCUGGUUUCCCUCUGGGGAAUGUCAGCUCCAGCCUUGCUUCUCAGGCGCCUGAGAGAACACAUUCAGAGAUUUCAGGAGAGCUCUAGCCUGAAUCCGGCCUUUGGUCUAGGCCAGGGUCUUGGGCCUGUCCCCAAACAAGGGUGGUUAGAGCAACCACUGGAUCCCUUCAACACCUCCGACAGACGGACCUUCCUGCAGCGGUACUGGGUGAAUGAUCAACACAGAGCCAGCCAAGAUGCACCCGUAUUUCUGCACAUAGGGGGUGAGGGCAGCCUCGGGCCUGGCUCAGUGAUGGCAGGGCACCCUGUAGCGCUGGCCCCUGCCUGGGGGGCCCUGGUGAUAAGCCUGGAACACAGAUUCUAUGGUCUAAGUGUGCCUGCUGGGGGCCUGGAAAUGGCCCAGCUUCGCUACCUGUCCAGCCGCCAUGCGCUGGCUGACGUGGCGUCCGCCCGCCAGGCGCUCUCCCGCCUCCUCAACGUGUCCUCCUCCAGCCCCUGGAUCUGCUUCGGAGGCUCCUACGCUGGCUCGCUGGCGACUUGGACCCGGUUGAAGUUCCCCCACCUAGUCUUCGCCGCCGUCGCCUCCUCCGCACCGCUGAGCGCGGUGCUGGACUUCUACGCCUACAACGAGGUGGUGGCCAGAAGCUUGACGCAAGUGGCGAUAGGCGGAUCGCUGGAGUGCCUGGCGGCGGCCUCCGCAGCCUUCGCGGAGGUGGAGCGGCUGCUGCGCGCAGGUCCCGCAGCUCGGGCGGUGCUGAAGGAGGAGCUGAGCGCCUGCGGGUCGCUGGACCUGACUGAAGACCAGGGGGAGUUGCUGGGCGCGUUGCAGGCGCUGGUAGGAGGCACGGUGCAGUACGACGGGCAGGCCGGAGCGCCGCUAAGCGUGCGCCAGCUCUGCGGACUCCUCCUCGGGGUCUCCGGCAACCGCAGUCACUCCACGCCCUACCUCGGCCUUCGCCGGGCGGUGCAGAUAGUCUUGCGCAGCAUGGGCCAGAGGUGUUUAAGCUUUUCCCGGGCAGAGACAGUGGCACAGCUGAGAACCACCGAACCUCAAGUGUCUGGCGUGGGGGACCGGCAGUGGUUGUACCAGACUUGCACUGAGUUCGGCUUCUAUGUCACCUGUGAGGGUCCUCGGUGUCCCUUCUCCCAGCUGCCAACACUGCCCUUCCAGCUAGAUCUGUGUGAACAAGUGUUUGGUCUCUCAGCUGCAUCUGUUGCCCAGGCUGUGGCCCAGACAAACUCCUAUUAUGGUGGCCAGACUCCCGGAGCCACCCAAGUGCUGUAUGUGAACGGGGACACGGAUCCCUGGCAUGUGCUGAGUGUAACACAGGACUUGGGGCCCUCUGAGCCAGCCCUUCUCAUUCCUAGUGCCUCCCACUGCUUUGAUAUGGCGCCUAUAAGGCCUUCAGACUCGCCCAGCCUCCGCCUGGGGCGCCAGAGAAUCUUCCAGCAGUUACAGGUCUGGCUUAAAGAUAUAAAGAAGAGCCAGAAUUGAUGUGGGAUCUAAACCCAGCCCUUCACCAGUCCCAUCAUGGCAACUGCAUCCUGGCAUUUUUCUUCACUGUACGAAAGAAAGCAGCUGGUUUGGAAGGAGGAAGUUCCUAGACUUGGGAUUCAGUGCCUGUUCUGUGUGCUUGUUCUCCAGUCAUCCUCACUGCCAACGACAAGUUGUGCUUUGUCGCAGUUCAGUGUAAAUGUAGGCCAGUGGUUACUGUCCUUGCAGACAUUGGUAUUCUGCAUGGUAAAUGUCGGGGAAAUAUGGCUCUCCAUGCUGGAGCCUUCUUCUCUCCAAGAUCAGAAUCUGGCUUGAAUUCUGCCCUCUUGCUUCUGGACUGGGUACAUACUGCCCAUGACUCUCCACUUCCUAACCCUGUCUCGCCUGCGUCUUAGUCUGCAGUGGUUAAUCAUUGUCAACAGAAUUAAAAAUCACCAUGGAAACAACUCUGGACUGUCUUUGAGGACCUUUCCAGCGAAGUUAUACUGAAAAGAAAAUCCACACCGGAAGUGGUGGUAACUUCCCACCCCUGAGGUCCCAAAUGAAUAAAAAGGGAAGCUGAGCCCCAGCCUUCUGACUGUGGGCGUGAUGUGACCAGUGGUCUCAUGCCCCUGCCACCAUACCUUUGCCAUUGUGAUGGACUGUAUCCCCUACCAUGAGCCAAAACACACCCCUCCUUCCUUACACGUUUCUUGUCGGCAGGAAGGGGGCUAAUACAGUCCGUUUCUGUCUUCUGUGUGUUUCCGUCUGGAGGAAAUGGCUGUGCAGCUCUUCUCUCUCUCGGUCUCUCUUUUGGUCUUCCUUUUAGUGCCUUCCCCCCCUCCCCUCCCCACAAUCAAAUGUCACUCCCCAGUGCUUCGAGCUUCCUGCCUGAAAUGUCUGAGUUCUGGCUCAUCAUCCCUGGUUUGGGGGUUAGUCCCAAAGCUAACCUCUUAGGCUGACCACAGCUCACUCCUCUAAGCAGCGGCCACCAAGGAGGAAGGAGCAAGCCCAGGAGAGUGACAACCUCUAAGGAGCAGGUUGGAAAGGAGGGAGGGCUGAGGGAAAAGUGUAACCAGAGGACAUGUGCUGUCACUUAGGGCUAGCCUUAGUUCUGCUCACAGGAGCUACCCUGGAUCCUGCAUUGGCCUCUCACCACAGCUCCUCACCAGAUCCAACCACCACACAUCAUCCAUUUAGAUACUUAGCAUGUGUGCUGGCCUUGUGCAUGGUGCGUCUGUUAAGGGAAUCAUGCCCUUCAUACAGAAUCCACAUGCUUGGGCUGUCCCUCCUGCUCUGCUAGAUGAGCCUGUGGAUAUCGUCUGCAGUCUUCCUUUCAGUCUGACACCUGGAUGGCUUUGGUGUUGGUCUGUCCUCUCCCCUCAAGCGUUCUCAGAGCUUCUGGAGAGCACUCACCCUGGAGGGUGUUAAAGGAGCAGUCUCUUAGCAGUGAUGUCAUGGACAGCAUCGAAAACUUAAGGUGCAAAGCUACACAGAGAAACCCUGUCUCGAAAAAUCAAAAAAAAAAAAAAAAGCUUAAAGAAAAAACAAAAACAAAACAACUCAAGCAUGCCCUCUCCUCCUUUCCUACUUGCUCCAUAGAGGCUGUUGCUCUCCCAAAUUUGCAAAGAUACAAAAAUUAAAUGAAACCACAUCAACUAAAAAAAGUCUGCAUAGCAAAGGAAACAGCAAAACGAGAAGCUGCCCAGGACUUGGGAGAAAGCAUACACUAGUCCUGAGUCAAAUAGGGGGGCUAAUAUAAAAACAUCAGGAACUCCCACAGCUCAAAGACAACAAUAGUUUAAAAAGGGCCAAGCUGGGUGUGUAUGGUGCUGCACAUUUGUAAUUCCAGCACUCAGGAAGCUGAGGCAGAAGAAUGGUGAGUGGACCGCCAGUCUGGGCUGUGCAGUGGUGGUCUCCAUUGAGAGCAGCUGGUUUGGGAGGAUGAAGCUGUUAUUAUUCUCAAAAUUCCUUAAUUUUUCUCCUUGUUAUUCUAAAAAAAUAAUUUGCAAUCAUAAACAGAAUCCUGACUAAACAUUUUCAAAGGAAGCAUAAGAGUGGCCAGCAGGUUCAUGAGGCCAUUCUCGCUGCCAUUAGUCAGAAAAGGCAAAGCAAAACUGGAGGGGGCAGCAAUCGCACCUGUGUGUGUGUGGGGGGGAUGUGACCCAAAGGACAAGAGCAAGCCUUGGUGCCGCUGUGGAGAAGAGGGAGCCUUACUCCCUGCUGUGGGGAUUGUAAAUUACUACAGAUGUAAGAGGAAACACUGCGGACAAGCCUCACAAAUUAAUUAUUGUGUAUAUUUACAAGGGAGAUGAAAGUCAAUAUGUCAAAGCUGGCAGAAGAAGCGAUCCCAGCAGGCAUCCUUCCUCCCACCUCGGCUGUGGGACUUAGCUCCUCCCAGUGUCUGGGACAAGAACCUCCCACCCCACCCACACCCACAAGGUCUUCUCGCCCAUGGGACAGCGAUGGGAGAGACUGUACUCCUAGGAAGGCCACCAACUAUUGACCUCUUUUAUCUCAGUGGUGGGGAGGGUAAAACAGGAAGAAUUUUAUCGCUUAGACUUUGUGGAUUUUCCUAGAGAAAUUUGUAAGGAUGCCAUUUGUUCACGGUGUCCUGGCGUGUACUUUCUGUAGACUAGGAGACAUGGGGUGGAGGGGGGGGGUAACUGAGCCAGAAUACAACGGCAAUGCUGUGGAUCCUAACAGAUAACUAUACUGGUGAAUGUUGCCAAUUUGCCUAGCCAAAGACAAAAUGUCGAUGCCCAAGUCAUAGCUUAAUCAUCAAAACGCUUCUAAUGAAGAGCUGGGGAUGGAGUCCCUUGCCACAAUGCCAGCUUAGUCUUCGAGAGAUCCUGGGUCCUGUCACCAGCACCACAAAAAAGAACAUGGUAGAGUUGAGGAGAAGGGUAUGUGGUGUGGACUGCAUGGGGACCACUGAUGCUUGACCAAGUUCCAGCAUUUUGAAAUCUCAGACCACACUUCUCCAGCACCUUUUACUUUCAUUUUUUAAAGUGAUUCUUACUAUGUAUUAUGGGACUUCCUUAUGCCUUUUCCUUUGGGAAAUUUUGUGCAGGCUUUAAAGGAUGAAAACGUAUAAAAUGGCAGCCUCUUUAAACAAAAUAAUUCUUUGGAAAAUCCUCACCAUCAUUGAACCAUAUAGCAUGAUGAUUCUGCACACAAGAAUACUAUUGUGCUUUCCUAAUUAGACCAAGAAUGGGAAAAUUAGAGAUUUACUAACUGGCGCACUUGACCCCAAGGAUGAAAAGUGUACAGUCCAGAUCCAGAGCCCGAGGCCAUUAGGGACAAGAGUUCAGUUAAUAAGUAUAGAGCAAUCAGAAUGGUACCAUGUAACGGGAAAGAGGAAGACAUCAGGACCUUCUCUUGGGGAGUGCAGGAGGGGAACAGGCCCACACAGAAGACACAAAGGAACACAGUUAGGGAACAGCUCAGCGCUAUGCUGUAUCAUGCCCCUGGAGGAAUGAAAAUUGCUCUUAGAUUGUAGUGGACAGUCUGGUCCCCAGAAGUCCUUUUCCCAAGGUCAGGCAUUUGGAUAAGGGCCUCCAAUUCCCUCAGGGCCUUGGGAAAGUUCCUGCUUGCUAAAAGUAGCCAUUCUCCUUGUCUCUGGCAGGAGGAACUGUGGCCCUUCCAUUGAUGUAAGAGGGCUCCUGGUAGUUACUGAACCUUUGAGAACAAUAGACAUUUAGAUACUUGCUGAUCUUAUCAAUGUUGUCACAGGAAAAAUAGUAUAAUGAAGCUAAUGGCCACUUUCUUGUCCCUGAAUCUUUGAGCCUGCUUUCAAUCUUGCCUGUCACUAAAACUACUGAGUAUAAAACAUGCAGCCUUUUUUCAGUAAACACUCUGGCAGCCAUCCCUAUUCACCCUCAGAUCUUGUCAGCCCCACACCCCUCACCCUGAUUCUCCCACACCUGUUUGGGACCUGAAUGAACCCUGCUGGAGCUAGAUUCCAGCAGGUAUGGGUUCUGGUUUUGUUUUGUUUUGAAUUCAGUAAUUUGGAAUAUGUGCACUUAAGGAAGGGAAAAAUACAGAGCCAAUAGAUUUUAAAGGGGAAGAGGACAGAUGGUCACUGGACAGAUGGACACGAAAGCAGAAAGAGGACUACUAUGGAGGAGAAGGGAGACCUAUGAAAGGAGUGGGUAGGAGGACAAUGAGGAAGAGAGUGAAUAAGAAUGUAUAAUAGUGUGUUAGUGUGGUAGAUGCAUAUGUGUGUGGACCACAGGAUAUGUAUGGUGAUCCAUGGACAGUUUGUGGAAACUGGUUGUCUCCUUUGACCACAUAUAAUAGAGUUUCUGCCCUGAUAAUAAGUUGCUCUGUCAAUGCAGUAAGCCAGAUAAAGCCGAACUGAAAUAGAAUAACAACAGGUGAGUUUUCCAGAUCCCAGAGAUCAAGGUUGGAGAAGCUGCACCCCUGAACUAAAGCAGAAAGAUUUUAUAGGUUGUAGGUGAGGGGUGAUGAUGUGUCCACCACAAGCUGGGUUUGUGCCCAAGGAUGAUCAAAAGCUGAGCACUUAGGUGGGGAUUUGGGCUGCUGGCAGCAGCAGGGGAGGAAGUUGCCAUAGUCACCAAGAAUACAGACUGGGCUUUUUGGUGCCUUUUCCUUGUUUGGAGAC